UUUCACAGAUCUACAAUUAAGUAACCUAAAAAAUUGAGUUAGAGCGGUAGAGGAUAGAGGAAAUUUCAAUUUUUGUAUUUUGAUUUGUUUUAAUAUUAACAAUAUCUAUAGUAUUGAGAUUUUUCUCUUAUUAUAAUUUAUAUCAAAAUAAUCUAUAUUAUAUAAAUUAUUAUUUGCUAUCAUGGGAAAAAUAUUAUCACACAUGAAACGUCCGUUUCAAAAUUAUAAUAUAGAAAGCAGAGCUCAUAAAAUUAUUUCACAAAAUAAACCGAUUCCUGCACCACAUCGUGAAAUGGAACAAAUGGAAAUAGACCAAAUAUUGAAAGAAAAUUCUCCUAAUUUCCAAGAAUCAUUGCGUAAACAUGAAGAGCUUGAUAAAAAUCUGAAAAAAGUAUUUGUAACGUCUAAAUCAACAAUAGCGAAUGAUGGUCAACCCAAAAGACCUCUACCUUCUAAUAGGAAUUCAUAUAUAGAACCUACAUUGGGUAUUAUUGAAUCUGUACAGGUGCCCAAAGGAAAGGUUUCUCUGUUGAAUGCUUUGAAGUUUAUAACUAAUCAUCAUAACGAUGCUUCAAGGUGUACUGUGGAUCAAAUUGUUACAGAAUAUUCAUUACCGAAAGCAACAGUUAGAAAUAUACUAAGGUACUGUAGGUCUUUCGAGAUAUAUAUGCCAGAAGAUAAGAAAACAAAAGCUAAGUUUGCUGGUCCUCAUGUUCAAAGAAUUAAAGUAACUACUAUGCCUUUGAAACAAUUAACCCCUGGUGAUGUAAAGGGUUUAGAAAAAAAAAGUGAUAAGAAAUGAAUUCCUAGAUGCUUUUGUAGAUAUAUUUCAGAUAGUUAAUGUAUAUUGAAUUGUAUUAAUCUGAUCUAGGAGUAAUUUAUUGCAACUGGUUCAGCAAAUAAAUAGACAAAUAUA